AUGUACGACGGUGACGUCACUAAAGUCAGGGCGAGUCCGUUGCUAGUGACAGCAGCGAUUCCGUACACGGAGUCGUACAGUAGUACACUAGAGCAAAAGCAAGGGAAGGAACUUGUGGAUAGUGGAAAACAAGAGACGCAUGACCUUCUUGUCUUUCCUGAUGCUGUACGCAUCCAUAAUGUCCGACUUUCGCAGAUCUCGAUGCUAGUGCACGAAGCUUUGGAGAAAGCGGGUGACUUGACUGCAUUGCUAAAACGAGAAAAGAUGCAGUCCACGCACAUGAAAGAGGGCUACCAUAUCAUGGUGUGUGGUCAUGCUGCCAGAGACGUACGUUGCGGUUGCAAAGGUCCAGAAUUGCUGCAGUGGCUGAAUGCUUCGACUUUCGACAAACCGUUGACCUUGUGGAUAUCCAGUCACUUGGGCGGCCACCGCUUUGCAGCAACGUGUAUCGCGUACCCUACCGGUGACUGGUUUGGUCUUUUGAACGAUCCAGACAAGGCCAAAGACAUGCUCGAUGCUAUCAACGACGAGGAUCCGUUGCGGGUGUACAAUUUGUGGCGUGGACGCAUGGGUCUCACAGUGCAAGACAUGCAUCGAGCUGUCAAGGAAAGAGUUGGACGUGCGGAGGACGUUGCCUCACAGGCCUAG